UCCGGUUUGGCUACCAUCUUGUCUAUGGUUACUUCAUUCAACGAUCGUUUUAUUUCAUUCUUUCAGUCAGUCAGUUCGUUUUCAGAUUUCGCACUUGUCGAAAUUGACCGCCAUCUUUCUUUUAUUUGCAACUUUAGUCGGUAACAAGAUAUUGCAAUGGGUACCGUUGAAAAGGCCGGUGAUGUGACGUCCGAACUCGAGUCUGCGGAGGAGGAAGAGAUGGUUGGGGGUGGAGAACUGGCCGCACACCUCAUGAAGAGUGGUAUAACAUGCAAUGAGGCCUUGGCUGCUCUCGCCAACAGGAUCCACGCGGAAGCCAUGGCGUCCCUGCCCCCCAACGUGAGGCGCAGGGUUCGUGGGCUGCGCAGCCUGCAGAAGGAGUUUGUGGACAUCGAGUCCAAGUUCUACAGCGAAGUGCAUGCCCUGGAGUGCAAGUACGAGAAGAUGUACAAGCCUCUGUUUGAAAAGCGCGCUCAAAUCGUGAACGGCGCCUACGAGCCAACGGACGCGGAGUGCGUGAACCCGUGGCGCGACGAGAACGAGGAGGAGGAGCUGGCCCGCGCCGUGCAGGGCGCCGCCAUCACCGACGGAGACGACAAGGAUAAGAAGGACGAGCCUGCAAUGGACCCCAAUGUCAAGGGUAUUCCGGACUUCUGGUACACAAUCUUCAGGAAUGUCUCUAUGCUGUCCGAAAUGAUGCAAGAGCACGAUGAGCCCAUUGUCAAGGCUCUGCAGGACAUCAAAGUGCAAAUGCACGAAGACCCUAUUGGCUUCACCUUAGAGUUCCACUUUGGACCGAACGAAUACUUCACAAACAAGGUGCUGACCAAGGAAUACUCCAUGAAGUGCAAGCCCGAUGACGAGAACCCCUUGGAGUUUGAAGGCCCCGAAAUUUACUCUUGCAAGGGCUGCGACAUCAACUGGAACAAAGGCAAGAACGUGACGGUGAAGACCAUAAAGAAGAAGCAGAAGCACAAGUCCCGUGGCUCAGUCCGUACCGUCACCAAGUCUGUGCAGGCUGACUCGUUCUUCAACUUCUUCUCGCCUCCCACCAUGCCCGAUGACUCUAACUCCACCCUCGCUUCGGAUAUUCAGGCGCUCCUAACCGCCGACUUCGAGAUCGGCCACUACAUCCGCGAGCGCGUGGUGUCGCGCGCCGUGCUGCUGUACACGGGCGAGGGGCUCGACGACGACGAUGAUGAUGACUACGAGGAGGAGGAGGACUCGUUCUCUGACGAAGAUUCUGGCACCGAGGAAGUGUCGGACGACUGAGGUCGGCGGCGGUCGCCCUCUGCCCUCGCCUUCUGUUAGGCCAGCUGUCGCGGGACUAAUGUCAACAACACUCUCAUGUAUCCUCACUGUUGACACUAGUCCCAUCGCACAUAUAAAUGGUUGUGCUUCAGUCUUAACGCGGUCAUAUCUACUGCAUAUCUAAGUCUAGGCCUUUUGGCAUUUUACCAAAUAAACUAACGAAAUUACUUCGCACAGCGAAUAGAGAAUACUCCCUCAGCGUUAUUUUAUUCUGUUAAAUUACGAUAGUUGUUACGCUAGAUGUUUAAUGGAGGAUUUCCAGCUCGCAUUUAGACUUUUCUAUGCAUGGUUUAUCCGCUGACUAGAUAAAUAUGUUUUAGAAUUUUACCGUGAAUACUUAGUUCUGCCGUUGAGCAGUUUUAUUUUUUACUACUUAGAUUAGAAGCGAGAGAAGAUGGUGCCUUCUUAAUGUAUAUGCAUGUUAGAGUUAUUGGAUAUGUUAUAACUUCAUAUACUAUGGAUAUUGCAUUUCUAUUUUAGCUGUACAUUUUCUCGUUUUAUUUUUUCAUUAUUUAUUGUAUAACUAUAGAAUGUAUUUUGUGUACGAUUUCAUGUACUUGAAAAUUUCAUGUGAUAUUUCUCUAAGGCUAUAUUUUUGUUUUGUUUCAUACUUAAAUAAAAUUUAAGUUUCAUUUUGUCAUUCCAUGUUACAGAUAGUAUUGUUAUCCAAGCAGAAACUGCCGUUUAGUUUAAUUAAGGGAUAAAUUGGCUAUGGAAUUGAUAAAUUGAAUCUCUUGUUUAGUGCCAAACAAUGCAUUUUAACGAUUUUAUUAUCACUAAUACACUGUGAUCCAUCCUUUGAUAGGUUUUGUAAUGUUGACAAUAGCUAGGUCGGAUUAUAAUGUAUAUUUAUUUUUAUUUACGUAACUUUUUAUAUUUGAAUAGCAUAAUAUGGUCAAUGUAGCAGGCAACUCAUGAGAACCUUAUUUCUAAACAUAGUUAUGGCUUUAUUGUGUUGGCAUGUCGUUAUGAUGACAUUAAAUUGAAUGCUUUUUAUUCAAA